GCACCACUUGUCAGCUUUUCAGGAAUAACGAUCGGAGUGUAUAGCACAAUAGUCCUGCCUUAGUGAUGUUUAUGACAGUACGGUGUAAUUAAUAUCAGACUCAUAUCCGAUCUUUCUUGACAAAAUGAUGACCUCCAAGACCCACUCAGGGGGUGAUUUAAUAUCAUGAAGAAACAAAGACUAGAAUUUCAUAAUCUCUAUAGACAAUUCUAUCUGCGCCAAUGGCGUCAACUCGCUCUUCAUCAAAUCUCCACACCGUUGUGUCAGGUCUUCAUCUGAUUUUUACAAUCGCAUCGGUUGCUUUUCUUUCUUUCAAAGUCUAUCACCUCGAGUGUGAGCUUUCCUUAAUUCGAGGAAAAGUUUCGUUAAGUGAAGGCGACAUAAAAGUGACCGAAGUGACCCCGCUGUCUGCAGAUUCAAAUAAUGAAGAGCUCAGAAGUGAAAGAAAUCGCCGAGAUGAUCAACAGAAGCUCAAAUCAUAUACAGGAGACAACCUCAAGGCAGCAUGUGUCCACAAGUUGUUGGGCGAUCGUCGGGUAUCAAAUUGUUUCCGUUUAAUUUGUAGCAUUUUUGUACAAUUACUGAGCGAUCGAGUUGCAAGUUUCCGUUGGGACAUAUCUAGGUAGUGCGUCAGUGUUGCGAGUGUGCGAGUGUGCGUACGUGAUCACUAGCCCUGGCACUCAUAAACUAUAGAAAAAGCGCAAAAAUGUUGAAUUAAGCAGUGCAUUAGAAAAGUGCAGCAACUUUUAGACCUUCGGUAUGAUUUUCUUUGAAUCCCAAUUUCCAUGACCCGUUGAGUAAUUAUAACAUCCACGAUGGGAACCAUUUUGAACUGAUGGCACAGCAUAUUUCGUAUCUCCCUAUUUUACCAAGUGCUGCUACUCAAAUCACUGAAAAACCUACGUAGACUGUUUCCCUUCCCUGAUUUCAAGUGAUAGUCCUGAUCUUGGUAUCUAAGCACCAAGGAGGGCUGGGUAGAGGUGGAGGCGGGAUAGAAGAUCCAUUUGAUACUCUUUUACUCUUUUACUCCUUUACAGCAUUGCAGCAAGCGCUCGUCGAUUUGACGAUGAUACGAAAAAGUAGAGGAUUGUAAACAGUCUUUCCCUCAAUUAAGAAAUCAUAUAGGAAGUUCCCUCGUGAGCUUCCGGAGCCUCGGUAGACUAACUAUAAGUAUAUGUUCAUAGUGUAAGUUGCUCUAGUACUAGGCUGAGUCAUCAACUGAGCACAGUCGACCCACGAUCCAUUACAGUUUAACUUACGUAUUUGAAUCGAAGGACCUCUUGCCUCGGGGGGGUAGUGCUCCCUUACAUUUGUCUUAUAGGUAACGUUUGUGCCGCCCCAGAGGGUAUGGUUUGUGAGCCCUUUAGGUCUGAAAACCUGCCUAUUUUCGUCUGAACUUGAAGGGUAUGUUUUUCCAGGGACUGAAUACGGGUCGGAGUGCAUGAACUCAUUUGUCGUUUUAAGUCCAAAUGAAUAAGAAAGAAAGACCAAUAUGCGAAUUCGAAAUGGAUUUUAAGAAAUCUUUUUGUUGGCGUUCUAAUCUAAGUAAUUAUAUCAUAAUUUAUACCUACGCUAGGUCUGAAAACGGGCAUGGAUCGAAGUUUGGUUUGAGACAGUAUUGUCAAGAUUAAUAGAACCAGUUUGCACAUCCCCAACACGAAUUCCCAGGAAUACCUCCCACGGGUACUGUACAAAUGUUUGUGAUCAUGUGAGAGAUUAGCCUGUAGUGCAGGCGUAUUUUGGGCGGGCGAAAGCUGCUUGCAUGUUUAUGUACGUACUGUUGUAACCGCUAUCUUUGUUAUUACGGAGCAAGAUUAGGGAGAGUAAAAACCAUUUUCUCCCCUCUUUUCGAGUUUUAACAUGCAACAUGCGCUUUCGCGAGCAAAACAUUCGCGCGCCGAAAGAAAACGCCUGCAAUGCAGGCUAGCGAGAGAUGGAAAAUACCAAAUAUCUUGGUAUUUGCUUCGAGUUAUUUCUUACCAAUCUUGUAAAUAAUUGACUUGCAAUAACUUGUGUCACGUUUAUAUUAUUAUGGUCUGGAAUAAUUUUUUCUUCAGGUCAUCGAUGAUGCAAUCAAUGGAACUGGAAGACUUGUCUGUUUGAGAGGUCAGUACAAAUUAAUCCAAAAAGCAUCCUUGAUCGACGUACUCGGUCGGCAUGUCGGUAGAGUGUCGGUCGAAUGUCACGGGUCAAGUAUCCGUCACAGUGUGUGGCCGAUAGUUCCAAUUCGAAACAGAAACGUUACUCUGAGGUCCCCUUUCAGGUCCUCAAGGCCCACCUGAGGACAACCAGGUCCACGAGGUCAUCGCGGUAAAACAGGACGACCAGGUUUACCAGGUCGUCGUGGCCAUCAAGGAAUGCCUGGCAAAAACGGAUCUCCUGGAAGGAGAGGUCCUCGAGGGAAACCAGGAAAGGGUUCCCAUGUUAAUGUUACCGAGAUUGAAAACCUUCUAGAAAUAUUGCAGACAUACAGUCCUGAGGAUAUAACAUUGUUUGGUUAGUACAAAUCCUUUGGAAAGAUAUUCGAGAUUGCAAAUCACUUUCUCUCCUUUUUUUCAGUAGUUAGUGGGUUCAUUUUUUUUUUAUGUACACCCAACAGCUCCGCCUCGAUUUACAAAGAAACCCCCUUCUUUCAUUGUCAUUAAGGAGGGUGGUAAUAUAUCAUUCAGUUUUUCUACAUCCGGGAAUCCGGCACCCAAGAUCACGUGGUCUAUGCAGGGUAAAAGCCGAGAAAGCAGAGCUCGAUUCAGGAUACUAGAUGACAAGUUUGAGAUGGACAAUGUCCGCUUCGAAGACGAGGGAUUAAUCACUUGUCACGCGGAAAAUAUGUUUGGUGUUGAAGUAUCCAAAGUGAAUCUCACUGUUUUAGGUGAGUUGUUAUUAUUGUUGAUUUCAAAACGUGGCAUACCCUGAGGAGUGCGUGACAAACAGACCAUUUAGGAGGAAGGAUUAACACAGUUAGUGCUCGCGCUUUCUUCCUUCCUUUCCGUGUAGCUGUAAGUAGCUUCAAAUACCCGUAUAACGGAGCACUGAUGAAGAGAGGGAGCGGGGUAAAAUAAGCGCACCGUCGGCCUCAGGUUUAUUAGUCACAUGACUAUGUUGAGUUACUGACGUAAAAUAAGGACUCCUCAGUUUAAGCAUCUCCAUAGUUGCGUUAUGUUUAGACGUGUGGUAAGUAUUCUUCUUCCAUCUUUGAAUAAGUGUUCUUUGAUGACUUUAAAAGCGCGUGUUUAACCUUACUUUGUCUCUUUUUUUUUUUCCUUGCAGGAGCGCCAAGGUUUCCCAAGUCUCCUCCAGUAAAAUUGUACGGCUUCUUAGGUACAGAAACAAAAGUGGAAUGUGACCUUUUUGGAAACCCCACCCCUGAAGUUCAAUGGAACAAAUCUCCCUCGUCCCCUCUCCCUCUGGGACGUAGUGAGGUAAAAAAAGACGGGCUUUAUAUUAACAACACUAAGAAAGAGGACGAGGGCAUUUACACGUGUCUUGCGACGAAUGAAUAUGGUAUGGUCAUCCAUGGAACAUAUCUCAUAGUAAAGGCAGCAGGUAAGUGUAAGAACUUAGAAAAUUAACUACAAAGGACCGUAAACGAAUAUGCCGCAGAACGAAGUAUCUUCAGAAGAACUGAUUAGCAAAAGUCUACAAAGUUGGACUACGAAUGUUCUUUGACAAUUUCUCAAGUACUAAAGCCAAUACUUUGAUCCUUUGGCUACCACAUGGAAGUCAUCUAAACCUUUCAUUUAUUUUUAUUAUUAUAAUGAUUAUUGUACCAUCAUUACCAGUAUUACCAUCGUUAUUUUCGUUUUCGAUACCAUUAUCAUUAUCGUGAUCGUUAACGUUUUCACUAUUAUUCAAAACAUUGCCUGUCCUCUUCAACCCACAAGUCAGGUCUUUGCUUUGGUUUCAAUUUGGUCGCAAGAACAUGGUAGACAAAGAGGCCACUUGGUGAAUAUACCGUGAUAUUUAUUCAUUUACAUGCCAUGGUCAGGUCUUUCAUUCGGCAAUAUACCAAUAAGCUCUUUGCACCUGGUCAUUCAUGUGGUACUAAACUGCUUGCAGUCCGUCCACCUCCUAGGCUGAAUUUCAUCCGAUUACUUCGAGUCGAUAUUACUCCCUCAGUAACGUCUGAAUCGACCGGCCGUUAAUGCCGUCCAGUGACGUCACUACUCCUUUACUUUUAUUCACGCAAAAAGUUAAACACUAUUUUCAAGUGGCAAACCAAGAAAAAUCGUUUGGAAAUGUCUGCAUGAUACAGAAUGGCUUUACUUUUUUCGAUCGUAAUUCAUGUUUCGCGUUCAAACUAUCAACUGCAUGCAGUAUUCUGCCGGUUGUAAUUCCAUAAUCAAACUUGGUCGCAAUCACGCAAUGAAAUGAUACACACACGGAACACUUAGUUCAAAAACACAAUGAUUUGCUUUAAUUGAAAAGAAGCCACUUAGUCCUUAACGAAGAAAGAAGAAAACAAGGAAACAAGAAAGAAAAGCUCACAGAAUCAUUACAACUGACAGUGAAAAUAACUAGAAGGUCGAAUUACAACAUUGGUCUCAUGGAACUUCGCAUCAACAAAAUCACUGCCGAAACUACAAAGUGGUUCUAAUGAAAAACCUACCGACUCUCCGCAAUCAUUCUUCAUUCGCAGUUCAAUUUCACAUUUCAGUUUCGAAGAUGAGGGCAACUCUGCUGUUUACGAUAAAGAUUGUCGAAAUGUUUGAAGUCCACUAUAACAUACCAGGGAUGUGAUCUGCUGAUCGAAUUAUCAAGCGACAAUCCCGCUAAAACUUCUCAUAAUUAUGCAUAAUUAUGCGGAUGUUUAGACAAUCAACCAAUCAGAAUCACUACCCGGUUUUCGGGUAGUGAUGAUGUCACUGGACGGCAUUAACGGCUGGUCGAUUCAGACGUUGCUGAGAGGAGAAAACGACUCGAUCAAUCGGAUGAAAUUUAGGCUAUUCACCUCUCAAACUCCGUAUAGUUCUUCUCCCAGUCAGCGAGAUUGUAAACGCUCCUGUUUAUCGCGACUCGCGUGCAUGGUUUACGUGUGGAGUAGCUUUGCAAAGCCAAAACAGAGACUGCUCGCAGUGCACAUGGCACAAACCUCCAUGCUGGAGACGCACUGGGACAAGACAAACAAAGGGAAUUUGCCAUUAUAAACGAUGUGAUCGCACUUCAGAUGUGCUCUCUCUCCAACAAGAUGGUUUUGUACCACGUGAAUGACUAGCUGCAAAGGGCCUAUUUGACCACUGACAAAGUAAACCAGACUUUUAUUUAAUCUUCAUUCAGAACCACCUGUGUUUACAGUAACACCACCUGAAGCAGUCAAUAUAUCCGGUGUAGAGGAACCAGUUAGAAUCAACUGCUCAGCUACAGGCUCCCCUUUACCCAAAAUCACUUGGUACAAGUACAAUAUUACCUUACCAGCGAACAUUUACAUCAACGAUGACGAAGUAACUAGCGAGCUCAUGAUUGGUCAGCCUAAGCCUUCGCUCCAGAACACAUAUACAUGCGUUGCUCGUAACUUGUAUAACGACGAAGUAAAGACAACUACAAAGAUAGGUGAGACUCGUACUUUGAAAUGUAAGCGGGAUACCUUACGAGAAGAUGCCCUUUGAUUCCUGCUGAUUUUUCUUGGGGAUUAACAAAGUGAGUUAACAAGGAGAUCACAAGUGAAACCUCUAGCUACUUGCGGGUUUAAUUUAAGAGACGGCAGUCAUUUGAGACUAAAUAUGAAAACAAGUCCACUCGCUUUUGCGCUGCAUUUGUGUAUGUAAUAAGACUUCAUUUUGACUGUCCAAGUUAGAAAUAAUUGGAUGUAAAAAAAAAUUCCGAGGACAACCACGGCUUUUCACACUUUGCCAUUUUCUAAUCAAGUAAAAAUUAAAAAAAAAACGCUCUUUCUGAGUGAUAACGACAUACACAGCAACAAGAAGCCGAUAGCGUUCGCUGACGAAUCGCCGUCAGCUAACAAAACUUUUAAGGCCUGUUGACAGAUUGAUUUUGCCCUGAUCGGCUAAUUUGAAGAGCCCGUUUUAUUUUCUGGCAUUUGAUUGGCUCAGACAAGCUGUCCUAUUUUUCUUAAACUGGACAGUUUGCCUAUUUCUAAAAGAGAGAGUCCUAUCUCAAACUGUCAAAAAAUUAAUCCUUGAUUAAACAGCGUUUAAAAAAUCAAAAGAUUAUAGUCAGAUUAACUACCAGUUGUAUAAUUGAUUUUUUUUAACAUCACAAUACCUGCACUAAGAAGUUAAAUCAAAAAAACUGAUUUCAUAUAUACCAUUCCGGGAGCAUUUUGGAGAAAUGUAUUACCGCGCGCUGAUGAAAAACUAUGAAUUUUUGGUAUUUAUAACUCACGUCUUGAAUGCUACAACCAUCCAGCCUUUCCUUUCUGUUUUUCAGUUUUACGCGCGUGUGGUGACCCAGGAAAACCAGAUAAUGCAAUUAUUGUCAGCCAGAGCAAGAAUUACUGGACAGGAGAAUAUGUCAGAUACCUCUGUAAUCCGGGUUAUGCCAUGGUUGGUCCUGCUGUCAGAAGAUGCUUGGUCGGCGGCAAAUGGAGUGGAAAUGUACCAACAUGUAAGACUUAGGUCAUUAAGAAAGUGUGCUGGAGUACCUAAAGGUCUUAAUAGGCAAAUUUUCAGAGAUCCAGAAACUCUCACUUUCAAAACGAGGCUAAGAGCAAAACGUUUCAUUUAAAAAUGAGUUUUACACAUCAUUUGUUAUCCAUGGCUUCGCACUCAAUCUCGCUUUGAAGCAGACGCUUGGGGCAACUCGUAUUAUGGCUUAUUAUGCCGGAAAUAUAUUUUUCCUUUCCCUACCACUGAAAGUUCUUAUUUUAAAAAAAUCAAUUCGCUUCACCGACACUUUAUUUUGUUGUCCUUUGUCUGUUUGUUUUUUCCAGGUACAGAAAAACCUGAAUGCGAGCCUUACUGGACCAUAGAUGACAACACCAGACGGAAAGGUUUCACGGCGUCACGGAGUAGUAAGAAUGACUACUAUUUGGCUGAAGGAUGGUACAGGUUUAUAUCAGGCAAACAAAUGUCCACAAGUUGUACUUACAGAUCCGGCUAUUGCGAUACUUCAUUUGCAGGAUGGUUGCAGGGAAGCCAUCCGUCAGUUAAGGAUGGCGUGGUCUCUCGGAAAGUAUGUUUUGGCUAUUCUGGUGGUUAUGGUGGUAACUGUUGUCUUUAUAGUACAUAUAUAAAGAUGCGCAACUGUGGUUCUUUCUACGUCUACAAACUGAAACCCACACCAAAUUCUAACUGUCGUUAUUGUACUGAAUACUAACAGAGUCAACUUACCGAGCAGCGUACUUAGAUAAUUGUAGACGAUAUUACAUGGCCUCGCGGAGAGACGAAAUGUCUCUUCAAGUGUGGAAUACGAGAAGAGAAAUUUCAUGUUUUAAAGGGGCCAUACGAUGUUCUAUUCAUUACAUAAACACCAAUGAAAUACCAAACCAUUUCACUUGAAUAUUUUUUUGGGGCUGCCGGCGAAAGACGUGAUUUAUCGUGUAACCAUAGCAACGGAGAUCUUUUCACUUGUGAAGGUAUCAAAUUUACGCGGGAAGGCUCACCUGGUAUAUCAUUGGUGUUUAAAUAAUAAAAGGUAACUGCAAAUAAACUAUCACUUAAUGUCAAGAAAACUAACUAUAUAAUUUUUCAUCCUUACCAGAAGCGCUUAAAUUACGACGUCAAUAUUAAAAUUCUUGAUAGCCGUG